ACUCCCGUUUGCCCCAGCAUCUCGCUCAGACUCUCCGUCCCCGCCUGGCAGCAGGAGUCCGGGCUGGGGGACGCUGCCUGCGGCUGAGGUAGCGUCGCGCCGCCCGCCCCGUCACCCCGGCCCCCCGAGCCUUUCGCCAGCCCCCCCUCCACCUCCUCCGCGCCCCAAAAUGCAGCGCCGCCUCUGCGCCCUGCUCCUGCUGGCGUCCCAGUGCAUGGGCUCGGCCGCCGGGCUCUUCCCCUUCGGGGAGCCCGACUUCUCCUACAAGCGCUCCAACUGCAAGCCCAUCCCCGCCCCGAUGCUGCUGUGCCGGGGCAUCGAGUACCAGAGCAUGCGGCUGCCCAACCUGCUGGGGCAUGAGACGGUGCAGGAGGUGCUGGAGCAGGCGUCCACCUGGAUCCCGCUGGUGCAGAAGCAGUGCCACCCCGACACCAGGAAGUUCCUGUGCUCCCUCUUCGCCCCGGUCUGCAUCGACGACCUGGACGAGAUCAUCCAGCCCUGCCACUCGCUGUGCGAGGAGGUGAAGGAGAGCUGCGCCCCGGUGAUGUCCGCUUUCGGCUUCCCCUGGCCCGACAUGCUGGACUGCAGCCGCUUCCCCAAGGACAACGACCUCUGCAUCCCGCUGGCCAGCAGCGACCACAUCCUCCCCGUCACCAGGGAAGCACCCAAGGUCUGUGACGCCUGCAAAAACAAAAAUGAAGAUGAUAAUGACAUCGUGGAAAACCUCUGCAAAAACGACUUUGCCUUGAAGAUAAAAGUGAAGGAGAUUGCCUACAUCAAUGGGGAUACCAAGAUCACCCCUGAAACAAAGAGCAAAACCAUCUACAAGCUGAAUGGGCUGACAGAAAGAGAUCUGAGGAAGAUAGUGCUCUGGCUCAAAGGUGGCCUCCAGUGUACCUGCGAUGAGAUGAACGACAUCAACGUGCCCUACUUGGUGAUGGGGCAGAAGCAAGCUGGGGAACUGGUGAUCACCUCGCUGAAGCGGUGGCAGAAAGGGCAGCGGGCUUUCAAGCGCUUCUCCCGCAGCAUCCGCAAACUGCAGUGUUAGUGGCCUCGGCUCUGGCUGUCCUCCAGCAGCCACCCCUGUCCCAGCUCUCUGGGCCUCCAGCUCCUUCCUGCUCUGGCCCCUGUGAGCCUCAAGAUCCCGUGGGCACGAGACACAGCUGCCCGAGAGGGGAAGAACCCCUCAGUUUUUGUACAUAGGUUAAAAUGUAAUAAAACAAAAAUAAUGACUAUUUUUGGGGAGUAUUAAAGUAUCUCGCUUAAAGCUUGGGGGUUUUUUAUGGUUGCAGACGUGACUUUGGUCUGAGGUCUCUCCCUCUUCGUUUUGGUAAUGCUGGUUCAUUUAUAUUGCUGCUCCUCUGUGUGCGUGCAUGUUUGUUGUGCCACAGCAGGAGACGCAGAGAAAGCCGAGCGCGCGGCUGGCCUGUCACCAUGGGCACCGCGCUUCCGCCGCAGUGACACAUCCUCCCGUCCCCAUUAAUGCUGUAAAGGUCACCUUACGACUCUUGCAUGUGAUACAUAGGCACCAGUAAGAGCAUAUUAACCAUUCUCACGUUUUAUUGUCCAAAAGUCUGAGCCCUUCUCUCUCAGAGGAAAAAAAAAAAAAAAAAAACCAAAAAAACAA